AUGAGCAACGUUUUCUUCGAUAUCUCUGCCGACGGCGCGCCUCUUGGCCGCGUCGAGUUCAAGCUCUACGACGACGUCGUCCCCAAGACCACCGCCAACUUCCGCGCCCUCGCCACCGGCGAGAAGGGUUACGGCUACGCUGGCUCUUCCUUCCACCGUGUCAUCCCCGACUUCAUGCUCCAGGGUGGUGACUUCACCAACCACAACGGCACUGGUGGCAAGUCCAUCUACGGUGAGAAGUUCGCCGAUGAGAACUUCCAGCUGAAGCACACCAAGCCUGGUCUGCUCUCCAUGGCCAACGCUGGACCCAACACCAACGGAUCCCAGUUCUUCAUCACCACGGUCGUCACCUCUUGGCUCGAUGGCAAGCACGUCGUCUUCGGCGAGGUCGUCAACGGCAUGGACAUUGUCAAGAAGGUCGAGACCUUUGGCACCGGCAGCGGCAAGACCAAGAAGAAGGUCACCAUUGACAAGUCUGGCACUGUCUAA